GGGGCGGGGCUCAGCGGACCAGGAGCGGCGGGGAGUCCGGAGCGCCACAACCCGCGAGCCAGUCAGCCGGCCGGCCAGAGGCUUCUCCUACAGUGCCCGGGGUGGCGGCCAUGGGGCUCCGGCCGGGUCGCUGCGUCCUCCUCCUCCUCCUCUGGCUCCAGGUGGCUGCUUCGCGCGGGACCCCCCCGCCCCCCUGCGUGGCCGACUUCGCCGCGGGCUGCUGCGCCUUCGAGGUGGCGCACGGAGACCUUCUUCGGGGCCAAGUGCUGGGCCAAGUCCAGUUUGAAGGCUGCGCGGGAUGGAAGUUGGCACGGUACAGCACCGAGGAUGCCAACUUCAGAGUGCUGGCGGAUGGCACGGUCUUGGUGAAGCACCACACAAAGCUUCGUGGGGAGGAGAGGACCUUCGUGGUGCAUGCCUGGGAUUCCGCGGGCCCCAAAUCCUCGGCCCUGGUGACUGUGAGGAACAAAGGCCCUCAUUCUCCACAGGGGGAGUCUGAUCCUGCCAAUCAGACGGAGUUGCGGAGGUUUCCAGCCGCUGGGUCUGGCCUGAAGCGGCAGAAGAGGGAUUGGGUCAUCCCGCCCAUCAGAGUCCCUGAGAACGAGAGGGGCCCCUUCCCCAAGAAGCUGGUCCAGAUCAUGUCCAACAGGGUCAAAGUCGGCACGAUUUUCUACAGCAUCACUGGGCAGGGGGCGGACAUGCCGCCCGAGGGAGUCUUCACCAUUGAGAAAGAGACGGGCUGUAUGAAAGUGACCCAGCCGUUGGACAGAGAAGCCAUUGACAAAUACCACCUUUUCUCGCAUGCUGUGUCUGAGAACGGAAAGCCUGUGGAGGAACCGAUGGACAUAAUCAUCACAGUCACUGACCAAAACGACAACCGGCCCCAGUUCACCCAGGAGGUCUUCCGAGGGUCCGUCUUGGAAGGAGCAACACCAGGGACCUCCGUGAUGCAGGUCACAGCCACGGAUGCUGAUGAUGGCGUGGAGUCCUACAAUGGGGUGGUUGCCUACUCCAUCCUGAGCCAAGUGCCUGGCGAGCCUGAGAAGCAAAUGUUUGCCAUCAACAGAGAGACCGGCGUCAUCAGUGUGAUUGCCAGUGGCCUGGACAGAGAGAGAGUGAGGGACUACACACUCGUCUUACAAGCUGCUGACUUGGACGGCAAAGGGCUGACCACCACAGCAUCUGCAGUGAUAGAAAUUGAGGACUCCAAUGAUAACGCCCCCCUGUUCAGCCCCUCAGUGUACAGGGCAGAAGUGGCAGAGAAUGAGGCUGAUGCAGAGGUCCUUCGACUGUCUGUGGCAGACCUGGACGAGCCUGGCUCAGCUGCGUGGCGGGCUGUGUAUGAAAUUGUGCGCGGCAACGAAGGGGGCUUCUUCCGCGUGUCCACUGACUCAGAGAGCAACGAAGGUGUUGUGGAAACGGCCAAAGGCUUGGACUUUGAAUCGAGGGAUCAGUUUGUGCUGCAGGUUGCCGUCACCAACCAAGUGCCCUUUGCCGUGAAGCUCUCCACGUCCCUGGCAACGGUCACCAUCGACGUGAGGGAUUUGAACGAGGCACCUGUCUUUAAUCCUGCAGUCAGGACGGCAGAGGUCUCAGAGGACGUCCCCCUGGGGCACAGAGUCACGGUGUACACGGCGCAGGACCCAGACCACAGGCAGUCACAGAAGAUCAGGUACUUCAUGGAUCACGACCGGGCAGGCUGGCUGGCGAUCCACCCUGAAAGUGCCCUCAUCACAACCAGGGCCCCCUUGGACCGGGAGUCCCACCAUGUGAAGAACAACACCUACGAAGCCGUUGUGUUGGCCGUGGAUGAUGGCAGCCCUCCAGCCACGGGGACGGGCACCCUCCUGCUGACUUUGCUGGACGUGAACGACAACAGCCCUGAACUCGACCGCCAGGAGGUCACGGUCUGCAACCGGAACCCCGAGAGACAGUCUCUGCCCAUCCGGGACAAGGACCAGCCGCCCAACACCUCCCCUUUCCACGCAAAGCUCACCAACGGCUCUGAUGACAACUGGGCUGUGAAGAUGGAUGCCAAAGGGGAGGUGGCGCUGCUGGAGCUGCUGCGGCCCUUGGAGCAGGACAUCUACAGCGUUUACCUCCAGCUCUUCGAUAACCAGGGCCGGGCCCAGCUGGCCGUCCUCAGAGCCACCGUGUGUGAAUGCGAGGGGCCGGUGGACCAGUGCCCGGAGAGGCGGGUGGCUGCCAUUGGCGCUCCUGCAAUCUUGGCCAUCCUGGGGGCCAUUUUGGCUCUGCUGAUCCUCCUUUUGCUGCUGCUGCUGUUUGUGCAGAGGAGGAAGGCAGUGAAGGAACCGCUGCUGCUCCCGGAAGAAGACACCAGAGACAACAUCUUCUACUAUGGCGAAGAGGGAGGAGGGGAGGAGGACCAGGAUUAUGACCUCAGCCAGCUGCACAGAGGCCUGGAUGCCCGUCCAGAAGUCAUUCUCCGGAACGACGUGGCGCCUACUCUCCUGCCAGCUCCUCAGUACCACCCGCGCCCCACAAACCCAGAGGAAAUUGGCAGUUUUAUCCAUGAGAACCUGAAGGCAGCCGACACGGACCCCACGGCUCCCCCCUACGACUCGCUGCUGGUGUUCGACUACGAAGGCAGCGGCUCCGAAGCUCCCUCGCUCAGCUCCGUUGAGUCCUCCAGUUCGGAUCGAGACCAAGAUUAUGACUACUUGAAUGAGUGGGGGGGCCGGUUCAAGAAGCUGGCCGACAUGUAUGGGGGAGGAGUGGAGGACUGAGGUGGGCACGUGGAUCCCCUGCGGAGGAGGAAGAGGCCGAGAGGUCCCGGCUGCGCCCACCCCUCCUCGUUCAGGGCAGGGUGCCAUCUCUGCAGCCAGCCAAAUCUUCUGCACGGCCCCUCCUGGCUCCACACGACUGCUGAGCCUGCCUCCUGUUCCCAAGACAGUUCGUGCCCUCGGUGCUACCUUGAGCAGCCUUCUAGCACACCGACCCUGCCCAAGUGCCUCUGGAGAGACCCCAAGAGACUGCCUGGCUCUCACCGCCUGGGUUGGUCCAGCCGCUCUGUGCAAGAUGCAAGGAUAAGUCCGGGGGGGUGGGGGGCUGGGAAGUCCGGGGGCUGUCCUGCCAAGACUCCUCUAGCUGCCCACCCAUUCCCCUCCCAUUUGCUCAGCCCCACAAAUCCUGGCAGCCCCCCUGGAAAUGGUUUGCCUCUGUUAUAAAAAUAUUUUAAUUGUUCAUAGGUCUUUUUUUGUACUGUGUAGGAAGUAGGCUGGGUGAUAACCUAAAGAACUGGAGAAUCAGGGUGUAAAAGAUUUAAUAAAGACUUUUCUUUUUUUAA